AAGAGCCCGCGGCAGGUUGCACUUUCUGUCAGUCCAGGGCUCCAGUUUGCCGGAGAGCCUCUCCCGUUUGGUGAGGAUGGAGAACGCACAUGCGAAAGAGCCUGAAGAGGUUGUGUCGUACUUUGGUGUUGACCAGACCAGCGGCCUUACACCAGACCAGUUUAAGAAGAACCUGGCACGAUAUGGUUACAACGAGCUGCCAGCUGAGAUUGGUAAGACCAUCUGGGAAUUGGUCGUAGAGCAAUUUGAGGAUCUGUUGGUCAGAAUUUUGCUGCUGGCUGCCUGCAUCUCAUUUGUGCUGGCCUUGUUUGAAGAAGGUGAGGAAACUGUCACUGCUUUCGUGGAACCCUUAGUCAUUCUUCUUAUUCUCAUCGCUAAUGCCAUCGUUGGAGUCUGGCAGGAGCGCAAUGCUGAGAGCGCCAUUGAGGCCCUGAAGGAGUAUGAGCCUGAGAUGGGGAAGGUUUACCGUGCGGACAGGAAAAAUGUUCAGAUGAUCAAGGCCAGGGAGAUCGUGCCUGGAGAUGUGGUGGAGGUGUCUGUUGGUGACAAAGUCCCUGCAGACGUCAGACUCAUCAAAAUCAACUCCACCACUUUGCGUGUUGACCAGUCCAUUCUCACUGGUGAGUCUGUCAGUGUGAUUAAGCACACUGAUCCAGUCCCCGACUUGAGAGCUGUCAACCAGGACAAGAAGAACAUGCUUUUCUCUGGCACCAAUAUUGCUUCAGGAAAAGCUAUCGGCAUAGCCGUUGCGACAGGUGUCUCCACUGAGAUCGGUAAGAUCCGUGACCAGAUGGCAGCAACAGAGCAGGAGAAGACCCCCCUGCAGGCCAAACUGGACGAGUUCGGAGAACAGCUCUCCAAGGUCAUCUCUCUGAUUUGUGUUGCCGUGUGGAUGAUCAACAUCGGCCACUUUAACGACCCUGUCCACGGAGGCUCCUGGAUCCGUGGGGCCGUUUACUAUUUCAAGAUCGCAGUAGCCCUGGCCGUGGCCGCUAUCCCCGAGGGCCUGCCCGCUGUGAUCACCACCUGCCUGGCACUAGGUACCCGCCGUAUGGCCAAAAAGAACGCCAUUGUCCGGUCCCUGCCCUCUGUGGAGACCCUGGGUUGCACCUCCGUCAUCUGCUCUGACAAGACUGGAACCCUCACCACCAACCAGAUGUGUGUCACCAAAAUGUUCAUCAUUGAAAAAGUGGACGGCGACAACGUUUCUCUGGGUUCCUUUGACAUUUCCGGCUCCAAGUACACCCCAGAGGGAGAAGUGACAAAGAACGGGGCAUCAGUGAAGUGCGGUCAGUAUGAUGGCUUGGUGGAGUUGUCCACCAUUUGUGCUCUAUGCAAUGACUCCUCCCUGGACUACAAUGAUAGUAAAGGCAUCUAUGAGAAGGUGGGUGAGGCAACUGAGACUGCUCUGUGCUGUCUGGUGGAAAAGAUGAACGUGUUUAAUACUGAAGUGCGCGGGCUAUCAAAGCCGGACAGAGCCAACGCCUGCUGUUCUGUAAUCAAGCACUUGAUGAAGAAGGAGUUCACUCUAGAGUUCUCCAGAGACAGGAAGUCCAUGUCGGUGUUGUGCUCCCCGGCCAAAUCCUCCAAAGCCCCACUCGGCAACAAAAUGUUCAUCAAGGGCGCUCCUGAGGGUGUGAUUGAAAGGUGUUUGUACGUGCGCGUUGGCACCAACCGCGUGCCCUUGUCCGAGCCUGUCAAGAACAAGAUAAUGGCUGUGAUCAAAGAGUGGGGUACUGGCCGUGACACACUGCGUUGUCUGGCUCUAGCCACCAGGGACACACCCCCUUGCAUUGAAGACAUGAACCUCGAAGACUCCACCAAGUUUGCCAACUAUGAGACUGACCUAACCUUUGUGGGCUGCGUGGGCAUGCUGGACCCCCCUCGUAAGGAGGUCAUUGGGGCUAUUGAGCUGUGCAGGGCUGCUGGCAUCCGUGUCAUCAUGAUUACUGGUGACAACAAGGGAACAGCCGUGGCUAUCUGCCGUCGUAUUGGCAUCUUCACUGAGGAUGAGGACACCACUGGUCGUGCCUUUACCGGCCGCGAGUUUGAUGAUCUACCUCUCCAUGAGCAAAAGAAAGCAGUCCGUAAGGCCUGCUGCUAUGCCCGUGUCGAGCCCUCCCACAAAUCCAAGAUUGUUGAGUUCCUGCAAGGUUUUGACGAGAUCACCGCCAUGACCGGAGAUGGAGUGAAUGAUGCCCCGGCCCUGAAGAAGGCCGAGAUUGGCAUCGCCAUGGGCUCUGGCACUGCCGUUGCCAAGUCUGCCUCGGAGAUGGUCCUGGCUGACGACAACUUCUCUUCCAUUGUGGCAGCCGUGGAGGAGGGCAGGGCCAUCUACAACAACAUGAAGCAGUUCAUCCGCUACCUCAUCUCCUCCAACGUUGGAGAGGUCGUCUGUAUCUUCCUGACAGCUGCCCUGGGUCUGCCUGAGGCUCUUAUCCCUGUCCAAUUGCUGUGGGUCAACCUGGUGACUGAUGGUCUCCCUGCAACUGCCCUGGGCUUCAACCCUCCAGACCUGGACAUUAUGGGCAAGCUGCCACGCUCCCCCAAGGAGCCCCUUAUCUCUGGCUGGCUGUUCUUCAGAUACCUGGCCAUUGGGGGGUAUGUUGGUGCUGCUACUGUUGCUGCUGCGGCCUGGUGGUUCCUCUACAGUGAAGACGGGCCUGGUGUGUCUUUCUACCAGUUGUCCCACUUCAUGCAGUGUCACGAUGAAAAUGAAGACUUUGCGGGCAUUCACUGUGAGGUGUUUGAGGCCGCUCCCCCCAUGACCAUGGCCCUGUCUGUGCUGGUCACCAUCGAGAUGUGCAACGCUCUCAACAGCCUGUCUGAGAACCAGUCCCUGCUGCGCAUGCCUCCCUGGAGCAACCUGUGGCUGGUAGGAGCCAUGUCCCUCUCCAUGUCCCUCCACUUCGUCAUCAUUUACGUCGACCCCAUGCCUAUGAUCUUCAAGUUGACCCACUUGAACAUAGAGAAAUGGAUAGUGGUGCUAAAACUCUCUUUCCCUGUUAUCCUCAUUGACGAGGUCCUUAAGUUUGUGGCCCGCAACUACCUGGAAGUUGCAGAUGACAACCUAGUAAGCAAGAAGUGGGACUAA